AUGUCUGUUGAAAAAGUCACCGAUACAGUCCAGGUGGAGUCCCAGUCCUCCUCUGCUCCAUACUACGCUGAAGGUGGAGACCACAUCGAGCCAGUUCACCAUAGUUGGGCUGAGAUCGAAGCCUCUGGCAAGUGGUACAACCGCCGCUUUGUCUCAUGGAUCCCUCCUUACUCGCACGCCAUGACCCAGUUGGUGAUCAUGUCGUUUGUUCUCUUUUUGACUCCAGGAUGUUUCAAUGCCAUCACUGGUAUUGGUAACUCGGGUAUUUCCGACCACAGAGUGGCUGACAAUGCCAACGUUGCCCUUUACUCAACCUUUGCUACUAUUGGAGCUUUUGGUGGUGUCCUCUGUAACGUUUUCGGUGUCAGAGCUUGUCUUAUGUUUGGUGGUACUGGUUACCUCAUGUAUACGACAUCUCUUCUCGUCUACCACUACACUGAAAACAGAGGUUUCCCAGUUUUUGCUGGUGCCUACUUGGGAAUGUGUGCUGCCGUGACUUGGGCUGCUCAAGGUUCCAUGAUGAUGUCGUACGCUUUGGAACAUAGAAAGGCUACUGCCAUCAUGGUGUUCUGGGUCAUUUUCAACUUUGGUGCCGUGAUUGGUUCUUUGAUUCCUCUUGUGCAAAACAUGUCUUCUGGAGAGUCCAACGUUAACGCAGGAACUUACGUUGCAUUCAUGGUCUUGAUGGGUGCCGGUAUCGUGUUGGCCUUCUUCUUGCUUCCAAUGGACAAGGUUUACAAGGCAGACGGUACCAAGGUUAUUGCUAAGAAGUACCCUAAGAUCCAGGAAGAGCUUAAGGGCAUGCUCCAUGUGUUGAAGACCGAACGCAAGAUCUACUUCUUGUUCCCUAUGUUCUGUGCCUCCAACUGGUUUUACACCUACCAAUUCAACAACUUCAAUGGUGCUCGCUUCAACGUGAGAACGAGAUCCUUGAACUCUCUUCUCUACUGGCUCGCCCAGAUGCUUGGUGCUAUCUUCUUCGGUUCCAUCAUGGACUGUCAGAAGUGGAGAAGAUCCGUUCGUGCAAGAAUUGGAUUUUUCAUUGUGUUCUUCACCGGUAUGGCCAUCUGGGGCGGAGGCUUGAAGUUCCAGUUGGGUGUUACCAGAGAAAAUGUGACCGACAAGAAGCUCAUCGACUUUCACGACGAUGGAUACAUUGGUCCAAUGUUCUUGUACAUGUUCUACGGAGCCCACGACGCUAUCUUCCAAUCUUUCAUUUUCUGGAUCUUGGGUACUUUCUCCAACAACCCUAAGAAGGUUGCUCUUUACGCCUCUUUCUACAAGUCCUUGCAAUCUGCUUUUGCUGCCAUUGUGUGGAGAUUGGACGCUAUGCUGAUUUCAUACAUGGCUUUGUUUGCUAGUUCUUGGGGUUUGAUCCAGGGAACUAUGAUAAUUGCUGCACCUUUGAUUUUGUUCAAGAUCACCGACCAUACUUCUGCCGAGGAAGAUGGAAUUGAGGAUUUGUUGGGAGAGGACGAGGUUAAGACUGUGAAGUCUCAUGUUGAGAAGGUCUAG